GGGGAAAUUGCCUCCAUGGCCUCCAGAACGUCGUCCAUCAAGCGCCCGCCCGUGGACCAGCCCGCCGCCCAAGUGCAUCAUAUCCCGACGAAGCCGGCCUCUGCCACGCGCGCUAAUCCUUGGCCGUGCUCUGAGCGCACUUCAGUCAGCGUUCUCGUCAUCCUCGUGCAGCCACGGUGCCACGGCCGCCUUCACCUCGACCAGCAGCCCUCCUGCCUCCGAGCCCUCACCACCAGGCCGUGCGCCGGUUGUCCCCAUCCUUCUGCGCUGCUCCACCACUCACGCCCGGUCCGUCCUGUGACAGCCGUCUGCUGUCCUGCCGAGUCGCCGAUCUGGGCCGCGUCGUAAGUCGCCAACCUCCAAAACUUAGCCCGCCCGUUCAUCAUGUCCUCGUACGCCUCGCCAUCAGGUCGCAACUCUGCCUCGCCACACCCGUCGCUGCCCGCGCGCCCGCCGCCGUCUUCGAAUCAUCAUGUCUUCAAGCCGACAGGCAGCAAUGGAGCCGCGACCUUCUUCAAGCCGCGCACCGUAGGCCCUCCGCCGCCCAUCGUGUCUACCGCACCAUCCCCCAUCUACGGAGUCUCCCAGCCAUCCUACUCUGCCGGUGGGUAUCAGACAGCUCCUUACCCGGGCCGAGCUCAAUACUAUCAACAGCAGCCUGAGCCGUUCGUGCCAGCCACUCCCCACAUCGUCAACCCGUUUCCCCUUCCUGGCCAGGGACCACACGCGCGCGCCGGCUACGACCCUGAGACCGAGGCUCAAAUUGCGCAGUGGCAGAGCGCCUACGUGUCCAACAAAGAUGACGGAAAGGCCACCGGCAAGAGUGGCCGCGGCGAGGGUCUCUUAUCCGCCGGCGGUGCAAACGCGAUCCCGCUGGGUGGCCGUUCUGGAACCCACACUCCAUUCGAGGGCGCGACGGUUGAAGCAGGCCCAGUGCUGAACUCUGCUGACGGAGUUGCUGCUGCCAAACCGAAGACCGUGAUCCGCACCGGAGGGGGGAAGACUUGGCAGGACGAUACUCUCCUUCAGUGGGACCCCAACCACCCACGAAUCUUUGUCGGAAAUCUUGCGGGCGAAGUCACCGAUGACUCUCUCCUGAAGGCCUUCUCCAAGUAUGGCUCCGUCCAGAAGGCUCGCGUCGUCCGGGACAAUCGCACCAACAAGAGCAAAGGAUUCGGCUUCGUCAGCUUUAGCAACACGGACGACUUCUUCAAUGCGGCCAAGGAUAUGAACGGAAAGUACAUCGGCAGCCACCCGGUGCAGAUCAAGCGCGCCAAUACCGAGAUCAAAGUGUCAGCCGUUCCCGACAAGAAGCAGAAGAACGGAAGACAUGGAAAGCAAGGCGGAGGUCGGCAGACCACGGGCGCCGGCGUCCAGAAGCCCCAGCAGCCGGCGCAGAAACACAAGCUCGGACCACGCAUGCUAGGCUAGUCUUUGCUAUCUUGUGGUUCAUUUACCGCAACCACUUUUCAACGUCAAGAGGCAUGUGGGCCGGCGUUCGGGGAGAUACCAAUGAUUAUAAAUGUCACCUACCAGGGGUGUCUACCAAUAAGACACAAAACGAAACCUUCCUUGUAUACUCAGUCAUGAAUAGCUGACCGGAAGAUUCACGCCGACCAUCUACUCUAGGGUGGUCGCGUUUCUCAAGCGACGGAC